AUGCCAAGCCAAGAUAUCGAGAUGACGAGCUCAUCGUCCCCAGAGAUGAAGGACGUUGAUAUGGAAGAUGCGGGAUCGGAAUCUUCUGCACCUGUCGAAGCCGAGAAGCUGGAUGAGAAUCAUGUGACCUCAAAUGGUCACCUGACACAAGAACAGCACGAGGAGUCGAGUGGCAAGGGCGACGAAGAGGUCGCGGUCGAAAGUGAAAAUAAAGUGGAUGUGGAUGCAAUAAAGAUUGCCGAAACUCACGUUCCUCCAUCUUCGGUAUCACCUAUCGUGACCUCGUCCUCACACCUAUUACCGUCCGUCGAGAAGGAUGGCACUGGGCCACCUUCCACUACCGACGACCAGAAAACGAACUCUCCUCCCAUUCAGACCAAAGUUGAUCGUGCUGUGUUGCCACCUUCCAAGAAACCUCUCAAGGUUUCCGAGCCUGAUCCGGGCGCCAGUGAGACUAUCAAGAUUGACAAGGAGGUUGCGCGACUGAAGGAAUUUCUUGCGGAGGUCUCAUCCGCGGCCGCCCAGAGGGUACUGAAGGAGAGCUGGCGAAUGUUCUUGUUUGACAACUACAAUGAGGACCACAUCGCUUUCAUUCUCCGGGCUGGUCUGAGAAAUGCCAACGCGACGAUUAUCGAACGAGUGCUGAGAGAUGAAGGUCUCUUCAAGACACAGAUGAUGGAUCUCAUUAUUAAGAGGCCGGAAUUUUUGGAGAAGGCUCUUCAAAGUGCCUCAGCUGCUUUAAUCACUACCCAGGUUCCGGAGACAGUCAUUGAUCAAGUCAUCGUUGAACGCUUAGAAACCGUUCCGGCAAAGAAGCUCGUCCAAUGGCUGGCUCAAGCACAGCGACUCGGCUACAAGGCCGACGAUAUAUUAAAUGAAGACGGGGAGUCUGUCACUCCAAAUGUUCCACUUCCUCCAAUUCGAGAACGUCCUCUGGAUGAGCCGCCGAUGGCUAAUGGAUCUCACUAUAUGUCCCGUCCCCCACCUGAGAAUGUCAAUCCGUACAAGGAUCCUCUCCUAUUGGAGCAAGAGAGAAAUGCCUCUAUGAAUAAGUUUCAAUCACAACACGUUCAGGCAGCUAUUGCUCGAAACGCAGCAUCUGCCAACUCCCACCGUCCGGGUACAGUCGCUCGGGAUGCUGAUGUUGUGCGCAAUCCAACUUCGGCAGGCGAACAUGCCCGGGCUCCAGUUGUCCUCUCUGGGCAAAUGAUCUGUAGAGCAUGUAACCGAACGUUUGUGACCCACUCAGGCUUUGCAUACCACGUCACCAAGAAGGUUUGUGACAAGAAAUCUCCCCCCGGGGGCUUCAAGUGGAACUGCGCAAACUGUCUCUCUGGCUUCACCACCAAGCAGGGUAUGGACUAUCAUGCCCUGCGAUAUGUCUGCUAUGCAGUCGAAGAGAUUGCUCCGGCCAAAACUUCCCUCAAGCUAACCAAUGGAAGCUCAAUAUCGACUACCAGCCUACCACCUUCAAUGCCUCUGCAGAAUGCUCCGACAUUCCCCCCUCCUCGUCCUCAAAUUUACACAACCCAGGCACCUCCCACUUCGGCCCCACGAAGCGUCCCUCCCAAUUCUCAACCCAUCCCGCAAGGUUUUAUCGGCAGUCAGAACCCACCCGGAACCCAACCGCGACCGCCUGUUGCCAUCCCGCGACCACCACCUCCGCCAGCUCCCAGUACCCCUCAGAAACUGAAGGCAGAAGAUGAGAUCCGAAUGUCACCAGAUGAGCUCUCGCCACAGAAGCGGGCUGAAAUGGAGAAAGCUCUGCAGGAAACCCAAGACCGGACCGAUGCUGCCAUCGCCAGUCUCCCGGCUAGUUAUACGGAAGCUGAGCGAGCUAGCCGAACCUCGUCUAUGUUGAACGCCAAUGCUAGCAAGCGCAGUCAGAUCCGCAAAUCGUUUGGUGUCAGUCUGAGACUGAGAAAGGGACAACAGGCUGCCCGGGUCGCAGCUGGUCUUCCUGCCGCUGCCGGCACCAAGAUGCCCGGCACCAAGUUGAGAGAGUCCUUCGGUGCAGCUAGUACACACGGUCCUCUUGCUGGCGCGCCAUCUGGCGCUUCUUUCUCUCCCAUCAACAAACCUAGUAGCAACGCAAGCCCGCCGAACAAUGGUUACAGCCCUGCGCUGCUAGCACCACCCCAAUCGUACAAUGCACUACCAAAUCACGCACCUUACGGUCCCAGAAAUCUUCAUCAAGAGGACGGUCUUCUGACCCACAUAAACAACAAUUCAGUGCCACCCCCGGACUCUGGUAUCCACCGCUCCAACGUGCCCAUACCUGCUACCUCUACUCACUACCACCCACAAUCUUCUUCCAACAACUCGAAUAAGCGUAAGCGAGAUUCGGUCUCGACCUCUGCUAGCGGUACACCUGCGCCCGGCCUAUCGAUGGUGGAAGUCAGCUCCGAGGACGCUGCUGCGAAGUUCGCCAACAACAAGAAGUCGAGGACUGCUACGCCCAUGGCAGACGCGCUGAGUGUACCUCCAGGCUCUGGAGCGAAGAGCAGCGUGAUUGAGAUUCUCAGUGACUCUAGCGACAGCGAGGAUAUUGAGUUGCCGAUCAAGUCUGUAGAGGCAGACGAAGAUGAAGAGGGAGAUGGAGAUGAUGCACCGUCGAGCUCGAAACUGGCUGGCAGGCCGUCGGGUUUCAUGGCCAGGCGGGGUGGCAAGCAUUGA